CGCCUCCAGCCAGCGCCGGGCAGGCAGGGAGGGAAGGAGGGAGGCAGGGAGGGAGCGGCGCUCGCGCGCCUCGGGCCCGAGCAGAGACAGCGUGGUGCCACGCUGGGCCGGCAGCAGGAAUCAUGACGACCUCAGGAAAAGAGAAUUUCCGGCUGAAGAGCUACAAGAACAAAUCUCUAAACCCUGAUGAGAUGCGUCGCAGGCGGGAGGAAGAGGGUCUUCAACUACGGAAGCAAAAGAGAGAGGAGCAGUUGUUUAAACGCCGAAAUGUUGCAACGGCUGAGGAAGAAGCGGAGGAGGAAGUGAUGUCAGAUGGGGGCUUCCAUGAGGCUCAGAUGAACAACAUGGAGAUGACUUCUAGUGCAGUCAUCACCGCUGAUAUGAUUGAGAUGAUUUUCUCCAACAGUCCAGAACAGCAGCUCUCAGCCACCCAGAAGUUCCGAAAGCUGCUUUCUAAAGAACCAAAUCCUCCAAUAGAUGAAGUCAUAAGCACACAAGGAGUGGUGGCGAGGUUUGUGGAGUUCCUGAAGCGAAAAGAAAACUGUACAUUGCAGUUUGAAGCUGCGUGGGUGCUGACAAAUAUUGCCUCGGGAAAUUCCCUUCAGACUCGAAUAGUGAUCCAAGCUGGAGCUGUCCCCAUCUUCAUAGAGUUGCUUAGUUCAGAGUUUGAAGAUGUUCAGGAACAGGCAGUAUGGGCUCUUGGCAACAUUGCUGGAGACAGCACUAUGUGCAGAGACUAUGUUUUGGACUGUAAUAUCUUGCCCCCUUUAUUGCAAUUGCUUUCAAAACAGAAUCGUCUCACUAUGACCCGAAACGCUGUAUGGGCUCUGUCCAACCUCUGCAGAGGGAAAAAUCCUCCUCCUGAUUUUGCCAAGGUUUCACCUUGUCUUAGUGUGCUUUCCUGGCUGCUCUUUGUCAAUGAUACAGAUGUAUUAGCUGAUGCCUGCUGGGCUUUGUCCUAUUUGUCUGAUGGCCCCAAUGAUAAAAUCCAGGCUGUGAUUGAUGCAGGAGUCUGCAGAAGACUUGUGGAACUGCUGAUGCACAAUGAUUACAAAGUUGUAUCUCCUGCCUUACGAGCUGUGGGAAACAUCGUUACAGGAGAUGAUAUCCAGACCCAGGUUAUUCUGAAUUGUUCAGCCCUGCAGAGUUUACUGCACUUGCUAAGCAGCCCAAAAGAAUCUAUUAAAAAGGAAGCAUGCUGGACAAUAUCUAAUAUAACAGCUGGAAACAAAGCCCAGAUCCAGACAGUCAUAGAUGCCCAUAUCUUCCCAGCUCUUAUAAAUAUUUUGCAAACAGCUGAGUUUCGGACAAGGAAGGAAGCUGCUUGGGCAAUCACAAAUGCAACAUCAGGAGGCUCUGCCGAACAGAUCAAGUAUUUAGUAGAACUGGGAUGCAUCAAACCACUCUGCGACCUCCUUACAGUCAUGGACUCCAAGAUUGUGCAAGUAGCACUGAAUGGGCUGGAGAACAUCCUGAGGCUUGGAGAGCAGGAAUCCAAACGCAGCGACACUGGCAUUAAUCCUUACUGUGCUCUUAUUGAAGAAGCGUAUGGCCUGGACAAGAUUGAAUUCCUGCAGAGCCACGAGAAUCAAGAAAUUUAUCAGAAGGCCUUUGAUCUGAUUGAGCACUACUUUGGAACAGAGGAUGAAGACAGCAGCAUUGCCCCACAGGUGGAUAUCAGUCAGCAACAGUACAUCUUCCAGCAGUGUGAGGCUCCCAUGGAAGGCUUCCAGCUUUGAGGUGCCCUUGUGCUGUGUGCUCCUCUGCCUAGCCAGUCCUGUUGUUGAGCCACAAGCCACCCGUGGAGUGAUUCUCUCAAUGUUUUCCAUAACCCUGUUUGCGCUCAUUUGCUUGCCUUGUGCACAUGCUCUUACAUACGUCUGGAAAACUUUUGGCUCUUCAUGGCAGGAUGCCCCCUCAUUGGCAAGAGGUCGCCAGAAUCACCCUUCUCCUCUAGAUUCUGAAUUGCUCCACUGUCAUCUUUGUGGAGUUGAGGCACCUCUCUAUACUUUGAGAUAUUCCAUGUUCCUAUUACAGGAAAGUAAUCUCUCCUCCACUUGGCAGUCCUGGCCUCCACCCCCACUCCUGGCAUCCAAGAGAAGGCUGCCUUUCUCUUGUAUUUGCUGCAGAGUGUGCCUGCAGUCCAGGGAGACAUUCAACUUUUCUGAGAACGUAGCUGAAUUCAUCCCUCAUGUUCUCCCCGGAUGCCUCUUUGGAUUGCUGCAAGAAAUGUGUCAAACCUUCACACAUGAUCUGUCUACCUUGCUGUAUGUACCAGCUGGGGUUAUUGGCAUGAGGAACAUGUUACAAACAAUGGAGUAAGUUCUCUAUCCCCUGCAACAACAGGCUGCAAUGGACAUGUUUUGUGGUUCUUAGGUAUACUGAACACAUCUGGCCCCAUCCCGUCUCAACACUGAGCUCCCAAGUUGGAUUGCAGACCACUGUGGAGAUUUGUAUACCUUCCCAGUUUUUCCUCUCCAUACACCAAAAACAGAACCUGUGAACAGGUCACUCUUAACACCCCCAGAAAUGACUUUGCAAAACAGCUUCUAGAAUGGAGAAACUGCCCCCACUUCUGCUUGCCAGUACAGUAUGAUCCAGCCAGGCCUUCCUUAAAAAUCAAGCCCUUUCUGGCUCCACGCUGCAGAGUCUGGUUCUUGGUAUUCUAGUUAUGGCUGAAAAGUUCCUGUCUGCCUCUUUAUAUUUUUACACAGCGUGACUUGAAGAUUUGUCUUCUGAAGAGUUAACUUCUGAAUACAGAAAUCUUGAUUUGUAAAACUUGGCACAAGGAGUGUUAGAUCUCCUUUUUCAUUUUCAUGACACAAGAGCUUCCUGUCCAGCUCACCUGAUGGAAUAUAGUCCUCCUGGUCAAGGCCCUUAUUUAACUAAAAUGACACUACAUUUGCAGGAUAGUACUAUUACAUCUGGAUCCACCUGGCCCUCUCAUUUCACUUUUCCCUUUCACUGUUUAUGAGACUUCAGGAAAAUUAGCGUGGAACGCAUGUUCCUCCAGGUGACAUCUGUAAGGCAUCGUUGACUGCAUGGCAGCUGCCACAUGCAGCUGGAGACUGCUCUUCCGCUAGCAGCAUGUUCUUGUCUCUGCAACCUGCUUGGAUCACAAACCUCUGAUGCAAAGGCCAGCCACUCCUCACUGAGUUCAGCUGACUGACACCAAACUCUUCACACAGCUGGGGAGAUGCUGCCUGAUUGAAAGUGGCAGUUCCAUUUCGGAGAAUGCAAUGGAUUCCCCUUGGCCAUCCGCUCUCUCCUGCAUCGGGCUAUGUUCUUUCAAGCCAUUUUGGAUGCUUGGAACACACGUUUGUCCAGUGUAAACAUUUCAAAAUCACCACUGGCAACUGCAGUGUCAUGUACCUGUGGUAGUUUUUCGUAGCAGAACUGUCUUCAAGGUCCUCAUGACACCUCUCAGUGAUAAGCCACUGCAAAAGCAAAACCAGCCCAUUGGACACAGAAUUAUAAAAAUACAUAAAUCACUUGUCAUACUGCUGAAAGAAGCUAGGCAAAGGCCUGAACAUCAGUUCUGUGUGACCAGUAUUUAAAUAAAGUCUUCUGUCUCUGCUUCAGGAUGGAGACUCUGGCCUGUGUGGCCACUGCAGAAGCUACCUGCUGCCUCCCUAGCUAAGGCAGCUGGCCUCCACUUCCCCUCUCCCAGUUAUUUUCUCUAGUGCUGCUUUGUGCUGAAGGAACAUUUAGUUUACUGCACUUGAUCUGUAAAUGGACUUCAAUUCUUUGUAAUUUUAGGGGGUUAAAUUUGGUAGUUAAUUUAAAAAAAGCAAAAAACCCUCAAUGUUGCCUUUACAUCACAUAUAAAUAACUGUGUUUCUCUUUUCUUGAAGGGUGAUAGAAGCACUGAUUAGUAGCAAAAUCUUGUUUUAGCUUUUGGAUUUUUUUGUGCUGGAUUUUUUUACGUGUAAAUUUCCAAUAACAUGUCAUUUCUAUAAGAUUUGUUUAAAACCAUGUACCUCUUAUUGGAUGGUAUAAAAAUGCUACAUAUUUUGUAAACAAAUCUGAGCAAAGUGUGUGUGCAUAUAUUCUGUAUAUUCAUAUAUGUAUAUUCUGUGUAUAUAUACACUAGUGUGUAUAUAUACAUAUAUACACACACACAUAUAUAUACACACAUGCAUAAAGUGUGUGUAUAUAUAUACAUACCUAUAUAUCUAUAUAUAUAAGUGUUUUCUCUUCCAGGCUAGUGAAAACAAUGUGGUGCAUUGGCGUUUCCCUCCCCUGCCCCCCAAGAAAGUAAUGACAAUUGCCUCUAAAUGAGUGAAUUAAAAAAGAAUCCAUUUAAGCUGACUGGUGUGCCUUCCUGUGUAAGGAGCCUGGCCAGUAUUUGUUACUUUUGCCGUGGAUAUGUGAAUUCAGAGCAAAUAAGUAUAAAUCUUUAAACUUGGUAUGUUUGUUUGAAGUGAUGGGCCUGAUUGGUGCAGGUAAUAUUGUUGUCCUAAAUACUUAGACUGUGUAAGGCAUUUGACUGGUACUGCAUAAUAUUUUGAGUGAAAAUCACACCAAUACAAGGAUCAACAUGGCACACAUUAAAUGGAUUAAAACGUGGCUAACCCAUAGGUCUCAAUGUAAUUUUAAAUGCUGCUUGAAUGUAUUUCCAUCAGGAUCUUCCAGAACCAGUUCUUGGUGUUACUUUACUUAGCCUUAUUAAUAGGCUGAAAAAACCCCAAAAUCUGCUUCUAACAAAGGCUGCAAAUUAAGUGGGUACAGAAGGGAGAUGAGACUUGUGAAUUAUAAAAGGAAAAGCUCACUGGUACAGACUGGUCAGAAUUACUUGGUAAGCCAAGGGCAAGUAAACUACUUGAAUUUUAACAGAGCUGAACAUGUAGUGAAAUGUUACCAUCUAAUAAAUAACAUUCAGGUCACAAAUGAGGACUCUGUUUUGGAGGAAAAGUGCCUGUGAAAGUAUGAGGGUCAUUGUAGCAUACUGCUUGAACAGUGCUUCCUAACACAGUUCUGUGUGGCUGUGUCCCUUGCUAGAAGGACUGAAACUGGUAUUCUCUGGUCUCCUGAAUGAUGUGCUCAGACAGGGACCCUCUCAGAGAAUGCUUCUAGCUGCCACUUUUGUGAGGGUCAUGCUGUGUUUUGAAUGAUUUGUUGUUGGUUUGUGUCUAAAUAAGAGGCAGCGUGGUCUCAUGUAGAGGGAGGUGAGGGAGCUGUUGGAAUUCUUGGGUUCUUCUCUUAGCUCUGUCAGGCAGCAUAUAAUGUUAGAAAAGUGUCUCAUAUUUUCUUCAAAAUUGAAAUACAUGCAUCGGUUUCUGUCUGCUUGUAGAGAUCUCAUCUAAGCAUCUUCCAAAAGCCCCACAGGCUCGUAAUGAGAAUUUAUUGAAUUCUUUUUGAAGCAUCAGGAAUGAGGCGGAAGCACUGCACUGAGAUUUUAACAAUGUCUGUUUUAAUCUGGGUGUUCGAGAAAGGAAGAUGCAGGUCUGCCUGGCAUUGCUAUCUAGCAGUCCAGCACACAGAUCUGUAAUGCCAAUAAAGUUGUGGUUUUGUUUGGGCAGCAAACAGGAGCCAUCUUUCUUUCUGUUGGUAAAGUUCCCAGUGGAACAUGGCAGACAAGGUUAGUGUCUUGGAUUCAGGAGGAUACAAAGGAUGAUGGAGCAGGUUACUGAAAGCUCAGUAACUCAGCCAGGGCCAGCACUUGGGGCUCCUGGGAAAGGUAUCACACAAUCAUUUGAAGGAACUGCUGCCUAGAGACUUCAGCCUAUUCCUAAGUUCCUGUGUUUGUUCCUUGAUGCCAACCAAAUACAGGUGGUUGAAGACCCUUUCCCUAAUGUUAAAAGAAGGGAGGUAGGCAAUGACCCUGGACCUAUGUGUUCUUGGAACUGGUUUUUGGUUUUUUUUAUUGUCAGGACCCAAGACUAUUGAAGAGCUAGAUUGCAGCAACCACAUAGUCCUACAUGUAACAGUGCUCCUGGCAAUAUACUUCUCUGCUUCUCUAGGGACUUCCAGAACAACUGUCUUAUCUCUGUGCACUUGAUCUCAAUACCAGCUUAAAGUAAAUCUGCAUCUCUUCCAGUAUGAUUUUUUUUUGCUUCUGAAAGUUGGCACAACACACCAUUGAUACUUUCCCAUGCCAAUUUUAGACUUGAAGGUCUUUCUUCAGUUGCCUGAGUCUUAGUAGAAAAGUAAGCAAGACCUCUUUGUAUACUGCUAUGGCUCCUGCUCAUUCCACUGAGGGAGUGUUGGAAUUGUCAGGUGAUUGCUGCAUUAGGAAGUUUCAGUUGCCUCUGGACCAGGUACAGCAAUAAGGCAUAUGGUGUAGAAUUGAUAAACUGGAUUGUUCUGGAUAAAUGGGAAUGAUGUUACAGACCAAGCCAAAGGGGAGAAAGAAAAUGAGGUACCUUUUAAGGUUUAGUAUGUUUCUUCCAUUGUGCACUUUUGAAAUGCUUUGGGCUGAAGCUGUGAGCUCUCAGUGAUCUGAGGGGUGUUACGUUCUCCCGUCAGCUGGACUGGCUGCUCUGGCCAGAAACGUGUGCUGGUUUUGUAACCACUGUCUGAGUUCAGAAGUGCUUCUCAGAAGCCAUUACACCAGGAAAGAGGUGGUUUCUUUCACUGCCUCACUGAAAAAGAUUUGCAUCAUUUUGUAGUACCCAGCUACUUGCAAAGAAAACAGUACAGUAGUUGGGAGCAAGCUGGAGACCACCCAAAGCCUACUGUCUUGGGCUUUGGUUUGAGACUCGAGCCUAUGCAGAAGCUGAAAGAAAACACAAGUUGGGCAGUGAUGCAGAGUCUUUAUGGCAGAUUCUGAAAUAGUGGAGAUACCAAGGUGACAGAAGGAUAGAUACAUGGAACUUUUGUCAAACCACUGGGCCAGACUUCAGUUUUUGAAUAAAUAGCAUAAAGCUUAUAGAAAUCUAAAAUUAAAAACUGGUGACUUGCUGCUCUGAAGUGUUGCUUUUGAAGUGGUGUUUUGCAUAUUUUUAUUUGAAGUACUUUGCUAGCUGGAUGAGUCCAAAUAGUUUAAUUUCCAAAACUAGGAGAGGUACCUGCCAGUUCUGUUCACAGAGUGCACUCAGAGGUGUGUAUUGAAAGGGUGAUAUUUUCAAGAUGCACAAUUUUAAGCUUAGCUAUCACCAAGCAUAAAUCACAAGUUUUUCUUCACAAGAAACCUGAAAUGCUGUCUGAAAUGGACGUUCUCUUUUUUGGUGUUGUUCAGUACAUACAUGACCACAGGCAUGUAAUCGGGCAAGACUGUGUUUUGGUUCCCACCUGUGUGCCUGCUGGUGUGGCAAAGAACCAGAAUUGUCAUGGAAAAUCUGCUCACAUACUUGCAGUGAAAUUAAACAUGGCUUCAUUCGGUGGUAAUUAAGUGAACACAUCUGUGCAAUCCUGCUGUGCUUGACUGACAGUGUACUUAUGAUAAUCUUCAUCCAGAGAAUCUGAUGACAGGUCCUUGUAUCACCUGAAGGUUGUGACUUCUGUGGUGGAAUUGACGACAGCUUGUCUCAUGGUCCAUCUCACUGUGGUACUCAGAAAU